CAGCAGCUGCACAGAAGUAAGUGCUGUGUUGGUGUUUAUGUACAGAAAUCUGCGAAUUACGCAUUUUCCCCGUGGUACAACACCAGAGAAUGCACUGCACAUGUCAAUGCUGAAUGAUCGUUCAGUGCAACGCAACAGCUGUGGAAGAAACAUGGCUUCAAGUUCUUUUGGCAGAAGACUGGUGGCAUGUCUUCUCAACGUUUCCGAGGCUCGCAGAAAAGACCUGGUGGAGACUGUGGCCAAGGCAGCCUUAUACAACACCGAAGGUGCUAGACGCAAGGGGACCACAGUGCUGAACAUCUUCAAUGACCAUGACUACAACCGGUCUGUUAUCACCAUUGUGGCCAGUAUCGACUCUAUCAGGGAGGCAGUUCUGUCUGCAUGUGAGAAAGCCUGUGGGCUGAUCGACAUGAGCACUCACAUUGGGGUCCACCCAUGUAUGGGUGCCGUCGACCUCAUACCCAUCUACCCCCUGGGGGAAGAAGUGGGAGUGGAGGACUGCGCUAAAGAGGCGCAGGCUGUGGCUCAGGGACUCACAGAGCGGGUCCAGGGCACCAGUGCCUUCCUGUUUGGCUGGGCAGACUCGCCCCUUCAGCGGGGGCUAGCACAGAGGAGGAAGGAGAUGGGCUGGUUCAAGGAGACGCCAGACUUGCAGGCAAUCAGGCCUGACAUGGGACCGCAGCCACUGAAACGGUUUGGUCUCACAGGGGUUGGGGCUAGUCCAUACGUCAUGAACUGCAAUGUCACUAUCGACACCCAGGACAUAGCCAUGGGACGAAGCAUUGCCAGAGCCAUCAGGGAGUCAACCCCAGGGGGCCUGCCCGGGGUGCAGGUACUGGCUUUGCCACAUGAGGGCACUGUGGAAAUCGCCUGUAAUGUGGAAAGCGUGAAGGGGAGCCCACCUGGUCACCUGUCUACCAGUGAACCAUGGCCGUGUUUCAGCAUCAGUGGCCAGGCGUAUUGUCACGCUCCAGCUUCCCUCAUCACAGCGAGGGUUGCAGAGUUGGCAGGGAGGCAGGGGGUCAGCACCAAGAGCACCGCGCUGGUGGGGUUUACCCCCCAUGAAUGCAGGGGCCUGGCAGAGUUAGCACUGUCUCAAGGGAUUGCUGAGUUCUGGAGAGAGCAGAACAGGAUCCGUAUGUGAAUAUAAAUUUUUGCCAAAACCAGUGAAACCUCAUGCAAAAGUGCCUCAUCUUUGUUUGAUGUCAGUUCCAUAUGCAUUCUGUAUUUGUUAAGCUCUGCCCGACUCUGUUGCCAUUGCUUACCUUGUCAGACUUUCCACUGCAGAUUUACCAUUCAAAAUUCAUAGGUCAUUUUUGACUCAAUAGGUCUCACACAGAAGAAUUUAACAGAAGAACACAGAAGAAAACAAGAGCAGGUUUUUAACUUUUAGCGAACUGCUGCUAGCUGAUUUAAUCAGCUGUAGGCAAGAAUUAGCUAAUAGAGUGCUGCAUGGAGGACGUUUAUUUGUAGGCCAGCGAAGUCACCAGGGUUCCCUUGACAAAAAGAUUGAAGUUUGAUACUUACACAUUUUUUUAUCAGCAUAAUUUUCACAAAUGAUCACCACUUUCAUGAAUUUUGAAGAGUAAAUGCGGCUGCCACAAAUAAAUAGUUAAAGUUAGGCUAUAAACGAAGUACACCAUGGUCGCAUUGAUUGAGCAUCUCCAGUACAACAAGACUAAAGCUCUGUUAAGCGUGAUGACAUUUUGUAGUCUCAUUAAGCAACUUGUUAGCAACUGUCUUUUUUAGGACACAUAAAGGCUUCAAAAUUAACAAGUGGGUUGUUCACUGACCUACAGUAUGUAUGUCAUAGAACAAAACGUAAAGGUCUCUUAAGCUUGUGUUAACCACAAAUCCUACUUCACGCAUUUAACCCAAACCCUAUUAAAAAAACAGGCGAGGGAACCAAGAGUGCUAAUGCUAGCUCAUUUCUGGGCUUUAGGGCUCAUUCCUGGACCACUGUUAGCUAACAAUAACUGUUGUGUUGGCUGACAACUCUGUCUUCAGCUAACCUGUUUUUAAAUACUUGUAAAAGAAUCUUAGAUAUACACAUAAUGGCAAUACAUGUUAAAAGACUGACGCUAACGCUAUAUGUCUCAUGCAAAAUGGGGUCCAUAUCAUUGGUCCGACAGCCCAUUGGUCCGACAUCCCAUUAGUCCGACGUCCCGUUGUUCCGAUAUGUGAUUAUAUUAGGCUAUACUGUAUUUGUGUACCAUAGAGGAUCAGCAAACACAACAAAAGUAGGCUACUGGUUGAGAUACAAGUGUCAUAGAGAGAAGAGAGUGAAACACCAUAACCUCCUGUUAUUAACUCUGGGGUCGGGGUUGUGUGGGGAGCUCUCUGCGGUGCUGAACGGCUCCCGGCGAGCGUAUUUGCCUUGAUGGUGCGCCACGACCGGCUCUGGGUCAGCUGGGAAAGGCUUGAGGCGAAGCAGGCUCACAGCUUAUGUGUUUGCCACUUUCUUUUUCAUUUUAACCCACACCAUGAUCUUUUCCUGACCCUAACCAAGUGGUUUUUGUGCCUAAACCUAACCAGACCUUAACCACAGGGCAUCAUGAUGAUUUUGGAACAAUGGGAUUUCGGAACAAUGGGUUUAAUAUGGUCGGAACAAUGGGAUGUCGGACCAAUGGGUUGUUGGACCAAUGGGCAGUUCCCGCAAAAAUGUUGCAUCCUCACUAGUUAAUGAGCCAGGUAGAAGACUUGGAAACAAGGGACAGUAUUCCUGUAUUCCAAAGCAGAGCCAGCAGCUGUAGUAUUGUAGUAGGGUAUAAAUAAAAAUGUAACAUAGCCCUGUUUGGGUACUUUACCAGCCUGUAGAAAAGCAUGCUUAGUCAGCCACCCACAGGUUAGAUUCAUGCUUUUUAUUGUGUUUAUGUUCAAGCAGUAUGUUUAAAGACAAACCAGUGUGUUGGAAAAUGUUACACUAUCUUGGAGAAGUAUGGCUGGGACUGGUGGAGUGUAAACUUAGCUUUUAAUAAAGACCAGGAUAGAGCUGCUAAUGUUAGCCUAAACUCUCAUAUAACAGCAUCUUGGCUCCCACACAGUCAAUCAAAAAGUUUUAGUGUAAUGCUCAUUUGAUUGUUUACAGCUUUGCACCAAAAGGAAUAGUUUAGACUUUUUGAAGUGGGAUUUCAUGGGGUACUUAUCCACAGUCAGCGUAUUACACACAUUAGAUGUCAGUCUGCACAUCCCCAGUUUGGUGAAGCAGGCUGGAGUCUAAUACAGAAGCUAAGCAAUGAACUGCUGUGGAGGGGGGUCAAAACGCAUUAUAGCCACCUUAAAAAAGUCCCACCUAAAGAAAUCGAUAUCAGUUUACUUGCACCUAUAUUGAGAGUAUUUUCACCAUUUGACUUUUCUGUCAGACAACCCUUUCCAAUGCAGAAGCUGUUAACAGCUUCAGUUGUGUGACUUUGGUGAAUCUAAACUAACCACUUUAAACACCAAAGUCUCACAAUAACACAAACAAAAUCACUGAUCGAGGCAGUGGUAGAACAGGAGCUCCAGUGUUCAGCUGUGUUAAAUUACGAUUUUUCUCAAUUGAGUCUGACUUUGAAGAGAGCGAUAGAACUGCAUAAUUUUCCUGUUGGAAAUUACUGUCUGACAUAAAGUUGAAACAGUGAAAAUAUCUAAAUAUAGUGUAUGCUUUAACUGAUAGUGAUUUUUUUUUAGGUUUGUUGUUGACCCCUCCACAACAGUACAUUGUUUAGCUUCCGUGUCACACUCCAACCUGCUUCUCCAAACCGGAGGCGUGUUGAAUGACAUCUGCUGUAUGUAAUAUGCUGUCUUUGGAAAAGUACCUCAUACAAGCCUACUUAAAAAAAUCUGAACUAUCCCUUUAAAAUUAAGCUUAACUGGAACCUUUGACCUGUUUACUUGUUCAUUGCAUUUCACUAAAUUUACACAUGGAUUCAUAUUUCCUAACGUAGAUCUUAAUAUCACUAGCAUUGAUUAAGAUCACUAACAACUGCAUUUAUAGCCAUUUCAGUCUGUUUUUUAUGCACAAUUGUGUGUGAUAAUCUUUCAGAAAUAUGACAUUAAAUAAAUAAUUCUUUGAUUAAA